AUUUCAGUUUGUCAUCUUAUGCAGCUGUACAGGGGUCAGAAGAUCUCUUCGUACCUUUUAUCAAGAGAGGAGAAUCGCAGGCAAUUUCUUACCGAAGACUUAUCACGGUGGUAUGAAGUAGAGACCCAGCUACUCUCACCUUUGUUACAAAGUACCUUUUCGAAAUCUGACCUUGAUUUGGAAACGGAACAAUUUCUUGGUAAUUCGUUUGCUAUAAGUGGCUCGCUUUGCUUACAGAUUUGGUAUGCGUUUAUGUCAGCCAUAUUAUCAACAUUCCUCUCUAAAACUAGUAUUAAUGGCCUAUUAAAUCGAGGAAAGAUGUUUGUUUUCUCGACGGAUCGUAUUAACUCCUUUUUGGAUAUCCCUCCAGAGUGGAUCUCUGCGGACAAGAAGCUUCUUGAUUUGGGCGCUGGAGAUGGUGCUAUCACAGCCAAAUUAUCUGGUAUAUAUGGAACCAUUUACACUACGGAAAUGUCACAGGUCAUGCAAUGGCGCCUUCGUCAACAACACUUUCUAGAAGAAGAUGUUGAGAAAUGGAGUUCAACUUCUCGUCAAUAUAAUUUGAUAUCCGCUUUGAAUCUACUAGAUAGACACUACAACCCUAGAAAACUUCUGGCAGAUCUCCAUGAUACAGCUUUGCGCUCAAAUUGCUAUGUUCUUAUGGCCGUAGUUCUCCCGCUUCAUCAGUUUGUUGAGUUUCGUCCGUCAGGAUCAGGCUCACGGAGUGAUACGUGGUUGAACGUAAAAGGCAGAUCCUACGAAGAGCAUGCAUCAUCUUUGGUCGAGAAUGAAUUUAUCCCUGCUGGGUUUGAAGUCGUUAAGUGGACGAAAUUACCUUAUCUUUGUGAAGGAGAUUUCACCAGGCCCUACUAUGUGCUUAGCGAUGCACUUUUCCUGUUGCGGCCGAUCCCCACCGCAAAAACGUCAAACCAUUCAGAUUCGACAAAUAUAAUCCACAACGAGUUCUGACUUACAAAUACUACCACUCGCAAAUGUCGCUUUUUAUCGUCAUUUUGCUUCUGAUUUCUUUCACUAUCUCUAUCGCCGCCUCGUGUCAUAUUUUUUUCAACAUCUCUCCACUUCACCACUCGAUUUUCUACGUUACUCACCUGAGGACCCUUAAAGGCAUCGGCUCGACAGAUUUUCAGCUUCGGGAUUUUGGCAGAUUUGGGGCUAUUCCGGCCCCCUGAAUCAUGAAAUGAACUCCCCUUAGCGCUAAAAUGGGGGAAACCGCGUCUUUUGAAACCCCCUUGAGACGGGCGCGGACGAGUGAGCCAUUUUUGUGCCGUCAGAGACGCAGAGUAAGGAGGUAGAGAGCCCUAGAACAGUUCUGCAGUACGAAGCUACGAGUGACGGCGCGUUUUCUAGCGGCGAACAUACUCGUCCGCACAAGGUGUUAGGGGAGCGGAGCUUGGCUCGCCCCCUGGCUUGCAGAAUUCACAUUUUCGGCCCCGAGUUGCUCUUUUGGUUCAUUUGGAGGGCCUCCUAUCCAUCUAUGUCAAAUUCUGAGGUAGGUCUAUUCUGCCGAGCCGCUGCCUUUAAAGUCUCUCCUGCAAUCCUGUCCACUGGAUGGGAUUGCAAGGGAAACUUUGUUCUAGAAGUUUCUCAAAGCUAAAAAUUGGCAAUGUGAGAGGACUAUGGCAACUCACAGCCGCUGAUUUCGAGGCAGUACGACGAGGCCUCUGACCAAGCAGUUGUCCUCCGCUGCAAAAGAAUUAUCCCGAAGCGAGAAAUUCGUGUCAGCAGGUGGACUGCUAGGGUCCUACGCGCACCAAGAUAGGUGAUCUAGAAGUAUAUUAGUAAUUUCAAACGGAACUCCAGAAUACCUGGAAAUGUCGAGAAUGUGUAUUUCACGAUGAAAGGCGGAUUUUCGACAUUAUAGGUACUAUUAAUUAGCUUCUGGCUCAUUAUUCUUAGGCUACUUACGUCUAUGGGCGUGGCGACCCCACUUGCAUCCAUUUUUUAGCUUUGGAGUACACCUUUUCGGUACUUGGGUAGUUAUUCGGUUAGGGGUCUCGCUAUUGCACUGCAUCAAAACUUCAC